AUGCCCAUUUUUCAAGAUCCGGAUUAUCAACGCUUCUAUGAUUUAUGGUCCGAUGACCGCCGGCCCCAUGACUACCAGCACCAGCAGGAUCGAGAGAAUAGGCCGUGGGAUCGUAAACCUUCAUGGAAGAACAGUUUUGAUUACGGAGAUAUUGAAUCCAAAUCCUCGAAUCCAGAAGUCAGGGACUUUGGUUACUCCCGAAUCCCGGGUCCUCAGCUCCCCAAGUUACAUACCAGUGAUCGUGGGGAGUUGAUACAGUACCUUAAGAGGUCUGAGUCGUCGACUUGGAUGCAAGGCCGUCUAGCGGACAACUCAAGUGAUUACUCGAUACAUGAUAUGCAAUGCGAACACUCACAUAUAGACAGUUUUGGCCAGAAUACCGGUAGUGGGCGACAAGGAAAUGAAUCCCAAGACCUAGCAUCACCAACUAGUAUAGAAAGGCCUCGCUCAGCGUUACAUUCUGGUGAUUUCAGGGAGGGAGGUGGUGGACAACAGAUAAAGGGACAACUGCAGUCUCUUUAUACUGAACAUGAACAUGGCCCUUCCAAUAUCUCUCUGCUUGGAUCAUCCCCCACCACUCCUUGGUUCAACGCCCCAGUAUUCUCCUCGUCGCUGUCGCUGAACACCCCCACGCAUGAUCCGGGGCCGAGAGGUCCGGUAAAUAGGUCGCGGGCACCGUCCUUUGGAUCCAGCUACGUUCUGAAGGCCCCAACCAGCCCUCUGGUGCACCAAGCGAAUAACACAGACCUGGACUUUUCUCCCAAGGUUGAUGCCAUGGAGAUCUCAGAGUUUCAAGAGAAAGCCAACCGUCGUCGCACUUUACCCCCAGAGACUUUUCGGUAUCUACAGUCGUCGCCUGCAGACCAAAUCAACUAUGGCGCUUUUGACGUCCAUCGGCGACGUGAGGAAGCACAUCCAUACCAGUCCAGCUCACGACGGACAUUGACGUCCGGAUACAGUCUUCAACUUGCCUCAUCGACCCAGGCGCCUGCGCAACGGGCCAGAAGGCCUUCUUUUGAUGUACCUUUGAAGGGGCAUGCUCCGAUGGUCGGAUCAUACGAAGAGUCUAUACUCCGCGGGCGGAUGUCGAUGAACCCUUCGAAGCCUCUAGAUUUCACGGCGCAAAUUGGUGUUCUGGGGAAAAGUAAAUGCAAGUCAAAUCUCAAAUGUCCGCCGCAUGUGUCGAUACCGUUUCCUGCUGUGUUUUAUAGUUAUCCUACUUCGGGUUCUGGGCGGUCUAUUUCGGAUGAUAACCCAAGUCCUUAUGUUGGUCAUAUUGAUUUGGAAAACUCACUUCCGAAAGACGAUCCGGCUACGAAUAAGCGGCGCAAACGACAUCAAAGUCCAGCAGAAACGAACAAUGAUGUCGUCGCCGACGAUACAGCUGCGCAUAAAUACAGCAACCAAGACACACUGCGCCGACGAGAGAAGAAGAACAGAAGGGCAGACUCACCAAAGUGUCCACCUGGUGGGUGUUACAGAAUCCCCCAACAAGGUCAGCUUCAAAUCAUGAUCAAGAACCCGAAUAAGACUGCCGUCAAGCUGUUUCUCGUUCCGUAUGAUCUGAGCGAUAUGGAACCGGGUACAAAGACAUUUAUCCGGCAAAGAAGCUAUUCAGCGGGUCCCAUAAUUGAUAUGCCUCUCAGUGCACGAAAAAAUUAUGGCACUGAUCGCCCAGAGGCAUCAUUAAGUGUAUCAGAAGAUCCCAAGGAUAAGCCUAUCCUAAGAUACUUGGUUCACUUGAACAUCUGCUGUCCGUCCAAAGGUCGUUUCUACCUCCAUUCCAGCAUCCGCGUUGUCUUCGCCAACCGAGUCCCGGAUGGCAAAGAGAAGUUACGCAACGAGAUCCAACAUCCUGAUCCAAAGUACACACCCUACAAACCUGCUCGGGAUCCCGGCACAAAGUCUACCUCAGAAAAUAUAGAUCACAGACGAGGUAUAGCAGGUCAAAGUACGAUACAAAAUCAUUCUCAGGGAGUGGGAGAACACGAGCCCGUACCUACGCGGCAUCCGUUCCAACCUAUCCCGUCUCUAAGAGAAACUCCACUUACCUCUCCUGGCUCGGAAUUAGCUGGGCCUGGACAGCAUAUUGAAGCCGGGAUGUAUAACAAACUCCGCAGGGGAAAUACUAGAUACGGUAGUUAUCCGUUUUUGCCCACUGGCUCUGAGGUUGGAGAAAGUCUAUUAGCCAAGAGAUUACGUGGGCUGGAUGUCCAGAAACAUGACGCGCGGUAUAUCAACUGA